CCCUACCUCCGAUCGAGACUCAGCAUGCCUACUAAGCGUCGUAAUAACGGACGUUCUAAGCACGGACGCGGCCAUACCUGCAUCUUGAGGUGCUCCAACUGUGCCAGGGCCGUCCCUAAGGAUAAGGCCAUCAAGCGCUUCAAUGUGAGGAACAUCGUCGAUGCCUCUUCCCAGAGGGAUAUCCGCGAGGCCUCUGUCUACCAGUCUUACGCCCUCCCUAAGCUUUUCAUCAAGCAGGUGUACUGCGUUUCCUGCGCUAUUCACGCUCGUGUCGUUCGUGUGCGUUCCGCCGAGAACCGUCGCGUCCGUGAGGCCCCUCCUCGCCGCGGUGCUCCCCAGAGGAACUAAACUGCUGACGUGGCAGUUUGAUGGUUGUUGGAAGAGCUCUACUGAGUAGUCGGCUGCUGAGGCUACGGGACUUUGCAC